AUGCCUGACAUUGCUAUGGAGGAUGCCUCUUUACCUGAUUCUCCUCUUGUCCAGGAAGAGGACCUUUCUCAUGCUUUUCCAGGUGGACCGAUUGAUCCAUCAAUACUGUGGAGUUUCAAUAGUCAUGUCGCUACAGCUGUUUGGCACGGGGAGGAACGAGGGCCCCUACAAUGUCAUAAUCAUUCUUCGAAGAUCCUUGCAUGGCCAUGGUGGUCAGUAGACAACAACACCAGAUUCAAAGCCAUUAUUGAGCAGUCUGGGCUGUCACAGUUAGCUCGUUGCACUUAUCGGUUCGUCAACAAGCUUCUAAUCUCCAGUUUUGUUGAGAGAUGGCAACCUGAGACGAACACAUUUCACAUGACAGUUGGUGAGAUGACCUUGACCCUGGAUGAUGUUGGCACUAUUCUUGGCCUUCCCAUUGUAGGCAAAUCAAUCAGCGUACUAGAUGUGACAGAUCAUCAUGGAGUUAUACUACUGGUUUAUGGCUUGGGGAUUAUUGAACGUGCAGCACAUAAAGAGGUUUCUACUGCUGGUGGCAAUUCAGUCAGACUAGAGUGGUUGCGAAGCCAGUUUGCUGGUGUCACAGAUUCAGACCCCAAGGAGGCUAUACAAUGCGCUGCUAGAGCUUAUUUGUUGUUUCUGUUGGGAUGUACACUCUUCAGUGACAAGAGUGACGGCAGGGUUCCUGUUGUUUACCUUGGCUUAUUAAUGGAUUUGGGAUCCAUUCAUACUUACGCCUAG